AUGGAGAAGAAGAAGAAGAAGAAGAAGAAGAAGAAAAGAGAGAAUGGGGAGAAGAGCUCGGAGCUUAUGGACAAACUGCCCGAAGCGGAAGGCGCAACAGGCACGGGCGCCAAGCCCAGAUGGGAUCUUGAGGAUGCGAGUCAGUACUCUGUUCAAGCUGUUGUUACACUCGUGUGGCCGUUCUCCUCUUCGAAUCGCUUGUUUAGCCUUCUACUCGCCGAACCGGAUUUUCGCCUUCGCAAUCAGAAUGGGCAGAUCAGAGUGACAUUCUGCGGGCGUUGCGCAGAGGAGGUUGCCCGCACCAAGGUCGGUAUCGGUGACACAAUCACGUUGAGCUUGCAGGGUGGGCAAUGGUCUAAGAACCAUAAAAUCCAAUCAACUCCGGGAAAAUCUUUGAGUUGGGAACUGCAAUUCAAGAAUCGGGUCAAGCUUGAGGCAACCAGGAACGGCAAAAAGACUGCUGCGCUCGACUAUUCGCAACUGGAAUCACCCAGACAAGAUGCGCAAUCCGUUGAACCUACCACACCUGCGCUGCUUCCAGCCCGUCUUCCCUCACCGAUUCUCUCGGAGCAGAGGUGGGAGACGCCUGCCUUUCUACGUACGAAACGGCUUCGAUCACGGAGUCCUGUGCCUUCCAUACAUGAUAUGUUCGCAGAAGAAGAUGGUUAUGUACCCGGUAUAGGCAGGAAACGACCCAGAUUCAGUUUUCCGAGUAGCGAGUGGCGAUUGCUGGAUGAAUCUGACGACCAGGUGGAAGUCAAUAUGGAAAAUGAUGUAAACUGGUUUGAGUCGGAUGAGGAACUGCUCGAUCGAGACGAAGAUGUUGACAACGAUGUGGCACUCUCUGGAGCCGCCUUCAGACUCAAAGAGCCUGCAGAGAAGGUCCCUAUUACGAGUUCCACGGAUGAUGUGGCAGGCGAUAGAAUUCAACUUGUCAAGUCCAAUUCUCCAGUACAGGAGGCACAGUCUACAUACGGCAACGCCCAGGAAAUUCAAAUUAUAGCGCCUUCCUUGGAAAAAACUGCUGUUGAGCUCCAGCUUCCAGAUUCACAACUCUCAUUUGCAACACCACGUCUUCAUCCUAUAACUUCUUCUACGCUUCCAACGCCAUCGCCCCUGGUUCAAACGCCGGUGGACUCUGCGAAAGUUUCCCAAGGUCCAUCCAGCGAUAUACUAACCUCUCAGCCGCAUUUCUCCCCUAUCGACCACGACGAAAUUUACAACAUAUCAUCUUAUGCGUACAAGACAGGCGCGUCAGGCGACACAGUAGUGCGCGAGUUGGAUGUCCAAAAUCGUGCUGAUAACGGCCAAGAUCUAGAAUCAAAGCUUCGAUCAGAAAACCUGGCAAUAGAUACUCUCGAAGUGUUUCAAGAUGAGGAAUCGCCACAAGGCGUCCACGGGCACUUCUCACCUUCAACAUUCACUGGUGUACGUGACUUUGCCGUAGAACAGGGUAAUGAAUCGAAACGCGCGAGAUAUGUGGAAGACUUGGCUUCUGAUUUGGUACAAGAUGACCAUUUUGAGCAGAACGACGGUGAGCCAACGGGUGCGCACGAUUCGGUGUUGGAAGAUGGUGCAGAAGCCGAUCCUGAUGGUUCAGAAUCCGAAGGCUUCAUGGAUAACGAAAUAAGCUCACAGGUGCAGAUCAUUGAGGUUGAUGAUACAAGUCUCGGUGGGUAUGGAAAGAGAGGUCCAAAUGUUGAAGAAGUCGAAGAUGAAGAGAGCGAACUCGAAGACAGAGGCUCSUCUGAUGAGGCUGAAGAGGCUGACAGCGAGGAGGAUGCGAUAUUGUCCGAACAGUCUGAGUACUCCGAUACAGUCUCUGGAUAUGAAGAGGAGAGUGCUGAAGAAAAAUUGGCCUCAAGAACCCCGCAGCGUAUCGUCCAUCCCGAAGUGAUUGUCUUGGACAGCGAUAGCGAGGAUGAGCCACCCACAGCCAAUGCACCUUUGAGCAGGCACAACAAUAGCGCUUUCAAUCAUAUAGGGAGUCUAACACAUCACGAAAACGAUGAAGAUGGCGAAGACGAGAUUGCAAGUCAGGAGAUUGACCGCAUGGAAGAAGACAGAGAUGCAUACAGCGAUGAAGAAGAGGAAGAAGACGAUCAGGACAUGUUGCCAAGCGAUGCUGAGGGUCCAGAGCGCGGAGAUGCUGGCCAUGAACAUGCGCACACGUAUGAGGUUUAUGACCUGGACGAGAGAGGUGACGCAUAUGCAGAAGAAGCUAAGGAACAUGGACCUCAUACUAGCGACAUGGAGGAGUCUUUAUCUCUGCCAGGUGUGUCUGGAAGUGCCCAACGACAGAUAGAAGUACAAUUCGGUGCCAGAAACGAUACGUUCAGUCUCGAUCACGAUAUGAUGACGCUUGAAAUGCCAGGAAAUAAUAAUUCCUCAAACAUGGAAGAAAUUCCAGAUGGAAACAAUGAUUUUGAUGUCAAGGACGAGCAAUCUCUGGUCCCAGAGGACCAAAAGUUAUCCCAGGAGCAAUCUAGAGGUGCAACUCGAAUUAUGCAACAAUUGGCAUAUCGCACCGUGUCACCAGCGCCAGUAGCUACCCCUCCCUCAACUGUCAAUGACGAGUCUCAGUACACAUUUGUUGAAAGUACGGUGCCAACUUCAGUUGAUUAUCGUUCCUCGCCAGAAACAAAAACACCUGAGGCGGAGGGCAAUCAUAAUCGUCGCCGUCGAUGGAUUGAUGGCUCCGAUGAACGGCAUUUGCAAGAUAUUGGCCGACAAUUGCCCAAGGAAGGGCAUCUGGUUCAUGGGCUUGCAGAUGAGGACGAGGGCACCUUGGAGAAGCUGGACGAAGUUAUUCUCAUAGAAGAUUAUUCAAUCGAACCAACGGAAAAUGAAAGCCAUGGAGCAGAUGAAGUCGCACAGCCCGACUUGCAAUUUGAUCUCACGUCUCCCACCGUCGAAAAGCCAAAGUUGCCAGUUUAUACAACUCUUGCUAUGCUCGGCGAAUGGUCCAAUGAGGCCGUUGACGUUAUUGCUGUGGCUGUCGAUGUGUCACCUGCUGAGCCCUCGACCACUAAGACUGAAGAAUAUCAUAUGAGACUACGUGUCACCGACAUAUCAAUGGCAGGCACGACAGUCAUUGUGGAAGUAAUUCAGCCAACAGAAACACCUCGACCUAGAGUGACGGAAGGCGAUGUGCUUUUGCUUCAUGCCUUUCAAGUUCAAACUUACAACAAUUCUAUCGAGUUACUUAGCUCUAACGACAGUGGUUGGACUGUAUUUAGUUCCUCAGCUGACCAGCCCUGUGUCACCCUUUCGAAUGUGACCCUUGGCGAGCGUGAACAUGGAUAUGUGAAACUACUACAAACUUGGUUCCGAGAAGACGGUGCUGCCAUGGCGGCCGACCAUAUGCUACAGGUUUCUAUCAAUCAAGAGGAGAAGCAGCCUUCCCCUUUUAGCGCAGCGUCCAGUGAUGCUGGCAGCUUAGAGUCGACCAGGAGUGGACCAGUCUCUCGGCGACGACCACGACGGAGAAAGGGCCAUCGACGGGUCACAAUACACGAACUGAGAGACGGGCGGAAGUAUACGGAGUUUGGGUGGCUGGAUAGUGACUCCAUACAUGAGCUGCGGGAUGGCACAGUCGCAAGCAAAUUGUCUCUGUCCACGGCCAGUGACAAGGAAGGUAGCUCCAGACCAGAGCUUCCUCGCACUCAUUCAUCGAAGCGCUUCGGACCCGACAGCUCGCACGGACGAUCAAACCCUUUCAACGCCAUAUCCCCCCUCUCCGGCGGCGUAUCUUCGCCCUCCGCUGGUGCGUCAAACGCUUUCGGACUCGGUUCCGGCGCGUUCGCAUCUUUCGGCUCGUCCACAAAGACUCCCAAGACUCCCGGUGGAACCUUUGAUCUCAGUUCAAGCACAAAAGACAAACGCGACACAAGCGACGAUACGUCAUCUACGGGGAACAUAAAAUCAAAAACCUCCUCCUCCUCGCUCGACACCACAUCUACCUCCGCAAUCAAGGACCACCCGUUGAAAUCAACGUGGAUUGUCUGGUACCGCCCUCCGACCCCGAAAUAUUCGGACUACGAGAAAUCAACCGUUGCUCUUGCGUCCAUAUCGUCCGUGGAGAGCUUCUGGACGAUUUACUCCCAUCUCAAACGCCCCUCACUUCUUCCCACUGUCUCAGAUUAUCACAUCUUCAAGAAGGGUAUUCGCCCUGUCUGGGAAGAUGAGGCUAACAAACGUGGUGGAAAGUGGAUCAUCCGUCUGAAGAAGGGUGUGGCGGACCGCUACUGGGAAGACCUCCUGUUAGCCAUAGUCGGUGACCAAUUCGCCGAGGCGGGCGAUGAGGUAUGCGGGACGGUCCUGAGUGUGCGAAGCGGCGAAGAUGUGCUCAGUCUCUACCGGCGGACACAAAUAUCGUCUGGAAGAGCCACGAUGACAGCAUCGCGCAGAGGUCAGCCAUCGACCAAGCUCGACAAGAGAAGGCCGCGGCAAACCCCGGGCAUCACCAUCAUGGGUACCACCACGGAGCCAAUGAGCGCCGUAGGGCAGUUUCUCUCGGGAAUUGCCCAGCUCCUCACUCGACCGCCUCCCACUCCCGAUCACCGCCCAGACCUCAGUGCCAACCUCGAUACUCUCGCGUCUCAUGGUGGUGAGGAAGGGCAGAACCUGGAGGGGCUGUCCGGGUUCCUGUCACGAGAGCAUUUACCCUUGAGCAGAUCGAACAUGCGGCAGGGCGACGAAAUUUCGGAUGAGCAGAGAUUGUUUCCAACCUACAAAAAAAGCCAAGAUGAUGUUCGAAUCCAUAUCGGUCAAUCGUUCGCCAAACCCAAAAAGUCGAGAGUCAACCAACAUUCUGUGUUCAAAAUAGUCGAUCGCAUAACGCCAAAUGGAAAAGACAGCGGCCCGGUACGUGCCUGGGGAGGAAACAACACUACCAACAGCGCUGCCCAGCACUCGACACGUUCUCGACACCCAUUCAGCUCCCCGACACCUUUUGAAAACGAGCAUCGACCUCUGAAGCGUCGGCGGCAUUCAUUUGGUCCAGUCAUCGAUCUCGUGGACGAUGACGAAAGCCAUACACUUCGAAAUCAGAGCCCUUCAGUUGCAAGUGUCGAGUCACACGAAGACCGUGAAAAGAACGGAGAUUCAAUUCGAAUACCCUAUGUUUCCGAGUAUCACGGUCCUAAGGAUGCUUGCAUUGAAGUGAAUUCAACGAACGCACAGCAUAGGUCGAAACCUAUUGAAACUGUGGAACUCGACGGCAAAGAUGCAGAGGACAAUCUUAAAAGUCCCGUGAUCAGACGUCGAGCUGACAGCAAAAAACGCCGUGGUUCUGAUGCGAGUGAAAGCCCGGAUGAGCUACAAGAGGAUGUAUCCAUUCGAACAAACCCCGAAUCAUUUGCUUCGAAUCGACGCACUAUUGGAUCACACUCAUUCUUGUACGAGGUAGAUCAAAAGCCAAGCAGACGGUCAAAACGCCGAAUGUCACCGAAUGAUAUUCAACCGACAGUCUUCAACUCAUCAAACAAGACUCCAGAAAGGCGCCAAGCCCGGAACCAGCGAAUUGCUCGAUCCCACAAACAUCUGUUUGAUGUCAAAUUUUUCAGAUAUGACAGCAUCAAACUCGAGAACCGACAAUUAUUCCUGGACGAGGGUGAUGAUACUAUAGGAUUGCACCAAUCGAUCCCAUCUGUGAGCAUACCGGUUCGCAGAAUUAUUCAGGUCUUGCUAGGUACGGAAGGUAGCUUGAAAUGUCGUUUUACUCUUUCCAAAAUUGAGGGAACUGCAAAUCAGUCGAUCGAUAUUGAAUUUGCGACCGAAGCAGAGAAGGACCAGCUUCGUAGUUUACUACCAAAGACCGCAAAAAUACGUCAAAAAACUAGGGAGUGGAUGGACAAGGCUUUUGAUAAUGUCGUGGUUGUUGAACGUGUCCGUGGAAAGCGACUUAGCAGUCCUAGUAUUACAGAGCCUGGCGAAAGUGCAAAACCCGAUUCAGUGAAACGACAAAAGCUGUCGGCUACACUGCAAGGUGAAGAUGAACCCAAGGGUAUCAAUCAGCCGCCACGUCGAGUCCCUCUACCAGUCGCGCAGUCUUCCAUUGCUCUCAAAACACCUCGAUCUGAGGAUGAUGAAGGAAUUAGCAUCCCGGUGAAAACAUAUCAAGCACCUCGCAAACAACGAGAGCUGAGAUCCAAAGCUCGCCAAGGCCUAGUUGACUUGAUCGAUGAUGAGCCUGAUUCCAGUCCGAAGUCAAACCCUGGUGACCGCUGGUCAAAAGCACUCGUGUAUCCGCCUGUGGGAAAGAAGAAGGCAGAAGUCAACAGUCACGAUCUCGAGCGCUUACGCGAUGGAGAAUUCUUGAACGAUAAUCUCAUAGGCUUUUAUGCUCGCUUUUUAGAGCAUUACCUCGAACGGAACAAACCAGAAGUCUCCAAACGAGUUUAUUUUUUCAAUUCCUAUUUCUAUGCGACGCUCACUAGUCCUGUAAAAGGUAAAAAGGGGGUGAACUACCAAGGCGUUUCUAAAUGGACGAGAAAUGUCGAUUUGUUCAGUCAUGACUACGUGGUUGUCCCCAUCAAUGAGAGUGCGCAUUGGUAUCUGGCUAUCAUCUGCAAUCUGAGCACUCUCAAAAAACGCUCGGUGGUCAAAGAGAUAGAGUCUAUACAGGAGGAAAGCGAAGCGGAGCAGGAGGUGGUCAACCGGAAAGAAAUACCUGAGACGCCUCCGUCCGAAAAAGCUGCUACCCCUGAGGAGACGGCUCGUGACUCACUUGCCGCGAUGAAGAUAGAUGACGUGGUACCAAAUUUGAAUCCUCAGACGGGCCCUAAUUCUGAAGAUGAAUGGCCCGAGAAGGAGGAGAAUCAGGCUUCGCCGCCUGCCGUUUUCCACAGCGAAAUUCCUUCUGACACCGUUCAAUCUGAUGCUGCAAAGAGGAAGAAGUUGAGAUCUGCGGGCCCAGUCUACUCGAUUGACCAACCAACUAUCAUUACAUUCGACUCUCUUAACGAACCAAGGCAGCCUGCUAUCAAGGUUUUGAAACAAUAUCUCAUAGAGGAAUCUAUCAAGGCAAAGAUAUCAUUUGAAAUGAAGGAUAUCAAAGGCAUGACGGCUAAAGGGAUUCCAUUGCAGCCUAAUUAUUCUGAUUGUGGUCUUUAUCUGCUGGCAUAUCUUGAAAAAUUUGUGCAGGACCCAGAUGAAUUCGUCAGAAACAUUCUUCGAAGAGAAAUGAGUACACAGAUUGACUGGCCAACUUUGAAGUCCGGGCUGUUGCGACGGAGACUUCGUGACUUUCUUUUCAAGCUACAUGAAGAACAAGACUCUGGCCAGGACACUAAGUUGUUGAUUGACGCGCAGCCAAUCUCCUACUUAUUAAGCCCGACUGCUCAGCCAGCUAAGAAGGUCCAAGGCAUUGAAGCUGGCCCUGUUGCCGAACCAGAAGUCAUCGCCGAUUCUUUCCAAGACAAGGAGGAAUUGAAAGAUGAUGCUGUACCAGAUGCGGAAUCUGUCAUUCAAGAGACUCAAUUCUCGGAGCAGCAGGGUGCCCCUGACCCUCAACACGAGCCAGAGGCAACCGAUGAGUCAAAAGCAGAGCAUGUCGAUGAGAUAGUUGAAGUUCCCAAGACACCAGAACGGGAGUUGAACACCAGGGCAGCGUUGCUUGACAGUUCACCAGUUGUCAUAGCAAACUCCGCCCCUGAUGUACAAAGAGAGACUCCUCAGCCCGAUCACCCCGACCAGCUUGUCCAAGCUGAAAAGGAUAUAUUCGACGAUAUGUUUGAGUAUCUCAGCAACACUCCGCGGGACAGGGUAGAGGUCCGAAUCCCUACUGUUCAGGUUCCGGACACACCACCGGCCAAGAGGACCCGCAAAGUACGGACCAGUCCGCGACAGAUCAAAUCGAAGAAGGUAUGA